AUGGGUCUCGCCAACUUCAACCCAUUCAAGCGAGAACGCCAGAACUUCCCCGGCGUGGUCGUCCCGCUGGCCUCAACCUCCGCUUCUCACGCCUCUACAGACUCUAUUGAGAAAGAUGACAAAGCCUCAGACCAUGCCCCCUCAUCCAGCAGCUCCCGUGGACCGGAGAAAGCCUCCACUUCCUUGACGCUGGAAGCCCUGCGUGCCGAGGUUGAAGCUGAUAUUGCCUCCUCGGGCACUGAUACCUCCUAUGACCGAAAAACCAAGGUCGUGAACCGAGCCCUUCAAGACAUUGGAAUGGGUCGGUAUCAAUGGGAGCUCUUUGCCUUGUGUGGCUGUGGAUGGAUGGCGGACAAUCUUUGGCUUCAGGGAAUCGCGCUCACUUUGACUCCUCUUUCAUAUGAGUUUGGAAUCUCUGAAACCCAUGUCCGUUUCACGACUUGCGCCCUCUUUUUGGGUCUUUGCCUCGGUGCUUCCUUCUGGGGUGUCGCCUCGGACAUUGUGGGCCGUCGACUGGCAUUCAACAUGACUUUGUUCCUUGCUGGUUCUUUCGGUCUUGCCGCUGGCGGCGGUUCGACCUGGAUCGGUGUCUGUGCUCUGUACUCGUGUCUCGGUCUCGGUGUCGGUGGAAAUCUGCCCGUCGAUGGAACUCUGUUCCUGGAAUUCCUGCCCAAUGCGUCCGGCAACAUGCUGACCUUGUUAAGUGUCUGGUGGCCCGUGGGUCAGCUCAUCUCCAGUCUGUUGGCCUGGGCCUUUAUUCCGUCCUUCAGCUGCGCUAGCCCGGUGGGCUGCACCAAGUCUCAGAAUUGGGGAUGGCGGUACCUCAUCUUGACGCUGGGAGCCAUCACUUUCUGCAUGUUCAUUGCCCGAUUCUUCUUCUUCCACCUUUACGAGUCACCCAAGUACCUCUUGUCUCGCGGCCGGCAGGAAGAAGCCGUUGCCUCGGUGCAUGGCAUCGCCUACAAGAACAAGACGCACACCUGGCUGACCAAUGAGAUCCUGAAUGAAAUCGGCGGGUAUGCCGAGUCCGAAGAGACCGAGAAACUCGCCGUGGGUGAAAUCGUUCGCCGAUUCUUCUCCAAGUUCUCUCUGAACCGUAUCCGUGCCAUCUUCGUCAACAAGCGUCUUGGCGUCGAAACCAUCCUCCUCUGGUUCAUCUGGGCCUCUAUCGGUAUGGGCUAUCCUCUCUUCAAUGCCUUCCUGCCUCAAUACCUCGCCAGAUCCGGCGGCCACGACAAUUCCACCUACACCACCUACAGAAACUACGCCAUCACCUCCAUCGUCGGUGUCCCCGGCAGCUUUGUCGCAUGCUACACCGUCGAGAAAUUCGGCCGAAAGCCGACCAUGGCCUUUGCCACCCUGGUCACUGGUGUCCUCCUAUUCUGUUUCACAAUCUCUCCCGAUUCCAACGUUCAAUUGGCAAUUAGCUGUCUCGAGGCCCUCUUCCAGAAUGCUUUCUAUGGUGUGCUCUACGCUUACACUCCCGAGGUGUACAGUGGCCCGGUUCGCGGCACCGCAACGGGUAUCUGCAGCUGUCUGAACCGCAUCGCCGGACUUUGCGCGCCCCUUGUGGCGGUGUAUGCCUCGGGAAGUAACGCAGACGCCCCCAUCUAUGCUUCGGGUGGUCUGAUUCUUGCCGCGGCUGUGGCUAUGAUCUGUUUGCCGAUCGAGACUCGUGGACGAGCUAUCAUGUAA